AGGUUCCCCGCAAUCAAUAAAUCACGUCAUCUUCCACCAUGCAAUUCUGACAUUGAUUAUGGGAUUCGAAGCAGACGUUAUGUGAUAAAAACUUGGACCCGAUCCACCGUUUUCAAGGAUUGCAAGGCAACACCCUUCCGUAUUUCUAGUUCUCUAAACAUUCCACUUUAAGAUCUUCUCUAAAAAAUUCUCAUUUAGUCAGUUUGUUAUUAUUUUUAGAGGUCUCGUAUGCGUUUGAAUUAUAAUGAUGGACUGAGUUUCUAUCAUAUUGAUGAGAUCGAUGCAUAAUUAGAUUUCUAGACUCGGACUGCAGCCAUCGUCCUGGUAAAACAUGACGACGCCGGCUGACGAAUGCGGCAUCAAAGUCGUCUGUCGGAUACGACCUCUAAACUCCUCGGAAGAAAAAGCCGGGAGUAAGUUCGUGGUGAAGUUUCCGACAGAAGAUUCCAUUAACUGUGGCGGGAAGCUGUUUGUGUUUGACCGAGUUUUAAAACCCAAUGUCACUCAGGAGCAGGUCUACGAGACAGCAGCCAAGCCUAUUGUAGCCGAUGUAUUGGGUGGAUACAAUGGAACCAUCUUUGCCUAUGGACAGACAUCCUCCGGCAAAACACAUACCAUGGAGGGUGUUCUUGGAAAUGACAAGAUGCAUGGAAUUAUUCCAAGGAUCGUUCAGGAUAUCUUCAGUUAUAUUUAUGGAAUGGAAGAAAAUCUGGAAUUCCACAUCAAAGUGUCCUAUUUUGAGAUCUACAUGGAUAAAAUCCGAGAUUUACUUGACAUUUCCAAGGUGAAUCUGUCAGUACAUGAAGACAAGAAUAGAGUUCCAUAUGUCAAGGGAGCCACAGAGAGAUUUGUGUCCAGUCCAGAAGAAGUGAUGGAAGCCAUUGAUGAAGGAAAAGCUAAUCGCCAUGUCGCCGUCACCAAUAUGAAUGAGCAUAGUUCUCGGUCACACAGUGUGUUCCUUAUCAACGUGAAACAAGAAAACCUGGAGAACCAGAAGAAACUGAACGGCAAACUGUACUUAGUGGACCUGGCUGGAAGUGAAAAAGUCAGCAAGACGGGAGCUGAGGGUGCCGUGUUGGACGAAGCUAAAAAUAUCAACAAAUCAUUAUCUGCUCUGGGGAAUGUCAUUGCUGCACUGGCGGACGGCAAUAAGAGCCACGUGCCGUACAGAGACAGUAAGCUGACACGUAUACUCCAGGAGAGUUUAGGAGGAAACGCCCGGACGACGGUUGUCAUCUGCUGCUCUCCCGCCUCCUUCAAUGAAUCGGAAACCAAGUCUACCUUACUGUUUGGUCAGCGAGCUAAGACGAUUAAGAACAUUGUAUCUGUGAAUGGAGAGCUGACAUCGGAGGAAUGGAAGAAGAGAUACGAGAAAGAAAAGGAGAAAGCGGCGCGGUACAAGGGACUGCUGGAGAAAUGUCAGGCCGAGCUCCAAAAGUGGCGCAGUGGUCAAUCUGUUACUCUGGAUGAACAAGUGGACAUGAAGGCGAGCACAGCGUCAUUACAGGAGGAAGAGAAGCCGCCCCUGCCCGCCGCCCUCACCGCCAGCGUCAGCUCCACGCUGGACGAGAACACGAAGGCUCAGCUGGAGGAGGAGAAGAUGAAGCUCUACGAGCAACUGGACGACAAGGAUGAGGAGAUAAAUGAAUUAUCUCAGAUGAUAGAGAGAUUGAAGGAACAAAUGCUGGGACAGGAAGACCUGAUCACGAUGGGAAAACGAGACUACGAUUCGCUGCAGCAGGAGAUGACACGAAUACAGGCCGAUAACGACUCAGCCAAGGACGAGGUGAAGGAAGUUCUGCAGGCGUUGGAGGAGUUGGCGAUGAAUUACGACCAGAAAUCACAGGAAGUGGAGAACAAGAACAAAGAAAACGAGACCAUCGUAGAGGAACUGAACCAGAAACUGAGUGAGCUGGAUAACAUCAAGGCUGAGUUUGAGAAGAUGAAGGACUCGUCGCUCCACCAGAGGAAGAAGAUGACGGAGAUCAUGGGGAGUCUGAUGAAGGACAUGUCUGAGAUCGGCAGUAUCGUGGGCGGAAACGCUAACGAGUUCAAGUUUAGCGGGGCUAGCCCUGACAAGCUGGAGGAGGAUUACACGGUCGCCAGGAUUUACAUCACGAAGAUCAAGAGUGACAUCAAGACGCUCGUAUCUCGUUCUCAGCAACUGGAGGUCACCGAGACAGAGGUCAAGGAGAAACUCAGCAGUGCAGAGAAAGAUCUCAGUGACUGUAAACUCACCAUACAACAAUAUGAAGCUAAGAUGUCCACACUGAAUGAAACCAUUAAAGACAUUGACAACAAGAAGAAACAGCUUCAGGAGACUGUGGACUCCCUUAAUGAUCAAGUGGAGAUGCUCAAAAUGGAGGAGAAAAUGCACUUGAGCUCGGUCUCGGAGCGAGAGAAGGAGGCGUCGGAUCGCGUUCAGAAUAUCUCAGCCAUGAAGGAAUCUCUGGAGAAACAGAUGGAGCAACACCGAGAACAGCACGCCAAACAUCUCGCUGAGCUCAGAGAGGAGGUGGCAGAGAAACAGAGUCUCAUAGACCAGCUCAAAGAUACAAACCAAAAGUUGAGUCUGGCGCUGGAGAAACUUCAGGCGGAUUAUGACAAACUGAAGACAGAGGAAACAGAAAAAUCUCAGAAGUUACAGGAACUGUCGCUAAUGAAUGACCGCCGAGAGCAGGCGAAACAAGACCUCAAAGGCCUCGAGGAGACUGUGGCUAAAGAGUUACAGACUCUUCACAACUUGAGGAAACUGUUUGUACAGGACUUACAGAACAGAGUCAAGAAGUCAGCCAAUAAGAAGGAUGAUGAGGAAGAGGAUGAUAUAGGAGGAAGCAUGGCACAGAAACAGAAAAUAUCAUUCCUAGAGAACAAUCUAGAACAACUGACCAAAGUCCACAAACAGCUUGUGCGUGACAAUGCUGAUCUGAGAUGUGAGUUACCUAAGCUGGAGAAGAGACUGAGGGCCACAAUGGAGAGAACAAAGUCACUGGAGACAGCUCUAAAGGAGGCCAAGGAAGGAGCCAUGAGAGACAGGAAGAGAUACCAACACGAGGUGGACAGGAUUAAGGAAGCUGUGAGACAGAAGAACCUGGCCAGGCGAGGUCACGCGGCGCACGCUCAGAUCGCUAAACCUAUUCGUGCUGGUCACGCCCCAGCGGCUUCUCCAGGAUCAACAGGGAUACGCGGGGGAGGUGGGGGCGUGAACGGACCGACCCCCAUCAAACCUAAAAUGGAGACCGAGUCACAGGCUUAAGAUGUUUAGGAUACUGUGUGAUAAACUUUAGAAAAAGAAUUACCUUUGUUGUGAACAAAAACAUUUCUAUAAACACGGGGGAGAAUGGGCAAACUUCAUGCUUAGAUGUUGUUGCACACUGACCUGAGGUCAAAGAUCAAGGUCAAUACCAGGACAUCAUAUGCCUUGUUUUCAGUGUUCAAAGCAUUGUGUUGUGUUACUUUCACAUUAGCUUCAGCAUUACCACUCAUUCUUAGUACUAAACUUUGUGCUGAUUUGAAAGUGUUUUCACAGAAUUAUUUGUUCUCUGACUUAGAAAUAGUUAGAUUGAAUUAUGUACUGUAGAUGUCAUAAAUGCUUUAGAUAAAAAUGAAAAAAAAAUAUUUAAAAAAAUGAAUGGCAGG